CAUGAAAAAGAGGCUGAUCAUUGAUUCGCUUUGUUCCAGUAUUCGUCGUAAAGACACUCCAACAAUAAGUCAAUCCUAAUUCUAUUACAUGGUUGCAUUUCCAUCAAAAUGUUGACCGAAAAACAGCGAGAAGAACUCAACAAAGCAAUAGCAGAUUACUUGAGGGCUUCUGGCUACACAGAGACGUUCCAGUCUUUCCAGGAAGAGGCCAACAUAGAUGCCUCUGAACUGACAUCAAAGCAGUCUGGUCUGCUGGAGAAGAAGUGGGGAAGUGUGAUCAGAUUACAGAAAAAAAUUUUUGAGUUAGAACAGAGCUUGCAAGCGACCAAGAACGAGUCCUCUUCGGGGGGAGGGGGCGGUGGCACGAGGGGGGAGAAGAAAGACCCGGCCGAGUGGAUUCCCAGAGUGCCCGCAAAGUACACUCUGUCCGGGCACAGGGCAACCAUCAACUGUGUCGUGUUCCACCCCAAAUUCAAUGUGUUCGUGUCUGGGUCAGAAGACACUGUCAUCAAAGUGUGGGAUUGGGAGCACGGGGACUUCGAGAGGACCCUCAAGGGCCACCGUGACUCAGUCCAGUGUCUGGCGUUCGACGCCGAGGGUACCCGCCUAGUCUCCUGCUCUGCCGACAUCACCAUCAAAUUGUGGGACUUCAGUACCUACGAAUGUAUUAAGACCCUACAUGGACAUGACCAUAAUGUGUCCAGUGUAGCCUGGAUGCCUUCGGGAGACCAUGUGUUGUCGGCCAGUAGAGACAAGACGAUUAAACUGUGGGAUAUGAAUACUGGUUUCUGCACCAAUACUUAUCUGGGCCACUCAGAUUGGGUGCGAGUGGCUAAGCCCAACAGUGACGGAUCCCUAAUUGCUAGCUGCUCAAAUGACCAAACAGUGCGUAUCUGGAAUGCAGUGAGUAAAGAGUGCAAAAUGGAGUUGAGAGACCACACCCACGUGGUAGAGUGUAUAGCCUGGGCAUGUGAGAAGAGCCACGCGAACUUGAAGCCGGGCAGCCCCGGUCCCUUUCUGGCCAGUGGUGCCAGAGACAAGACCAUCAUCCUGUGGGACGUCGCAGUCGGAGUAGCUUUACACAUUCUGCACGGUCAUGACAACUGGGUGCGUGGGCUCAAGUUCCAUCCUGGGGGCACUAAAUUGAUCAGUGUGGGCGACGAUAAGACACUGAGAGUGUGGGAUCUACAGAACAAGCGACUCACCAAGUCAUUCGAUGCACAUUCACAUUUUGUUACCUCUAUUGACUUCCACCACGAGCGGCCUUUUGUGAUCACUGGUUCUGUCGACACAUUCAUUAAAGUGUGGGAAUGCAGGUGAUGCCAGAAUAUUGCAUCCAGAAGAAUCUUUCGCUCCCCGUUCCUCCUUUUCUCCUCAUUCCCUUUUACCCCCUCGCUGUCAUUGGACAGACAAUCGUGAUCGUUACAAAAUAACAGAACAGAGAAGACAAAAAUAAAAACAGCCACUGAAAAACUAGAUCUCAGAAGACAGACCAUUUACACAACAGAUGAACGAUAGAGUAGUGUUCACAAAAGAUCAAGAAGGUUAUCUCGAAAAGAUUUAUGAUAUUGAAACUAACGUUUAAGAAAAUUCCGAUUCUCCAGGAAUGAAAUCUUAUUACAGAAAGUUCCCCUAAUAAACAAAACAUUAUAUACAUUGAAUCUUUAGCUUCCCUGUUAUCCGCGUAGAAUUUAAAAUUCCCAUUUUCAAUUGAAUCCUCUCCUUGUUUGUUUCAUAAGUGUCCCUAGAUUUUGUUUUGAUUGAUUUGAGCGGCCCUAGUUAAUUUAAAUUGAAAGGUAUAAUUUGACCCGAAUCCAAUUUCACCUUGAUUACGUUUGCCCAUCUAUCGCUUUUAUUUACAUCUUACUUAACCUUUGCCAUCGAAUGAAUUCGCUCACCCUUCCUUACCCUAUUAAUAAAUAAAUAGUUUAAUAAGUAAGCAAAAUAAGCAGACAUUAAAAUCGAGGUAGUUUGAUGUGUAUGGAGAAUGUAAAGGUUUGUUUUUCGUCUUAGUUUUCUACAGUUUGCUAAUGCAGCGAUGUGUGAAUUGAAGGGCCAAUUUCUCAUGACAGAAGGGCCGAAUUGCAAAAAAGA